CAAAGUGAAAACUGUGAAAAAAUAAAAACUAAACUGCGUUAGUUGCUACAAAAAUGGCCUCUUUGGAACCAGCACAGAACAAAACAUGGGACUUAUCCCUAUACGAACUGCAGCGGAAGCCGCAAGAGAUAAUUACAGAUAGCACCGAAAUUGCCGUCUCCCCGAGAAGUUUGCACAGCGAACUAAUGUGUCCCAUUUGCCUGGACAUGUUAAAGAAAACGAUGACAACCAAAGAGUGCUUGCACCGUUUCUGCUCCGAUUGUAUUGUUACAGCUCUGCGUUCAGGCAACAAGGAAUGUCCGACUUGUCGGAAAAAACUUGUCUCCAAACGCUCUCUGCGCGCAGAUCCUAACUUUGACUUGCUCAUCUCAAAGAUCUAUCCCAGUCGCGAAGAGUAUGAGGCUAUACAAGAGAAGGUCAUGGCCAAAUUCAAUCAAACACAGUCGCAGCAAGCCCUCGUUAAUUCCAUCAACGAAGGCAUAAAGUUGCAAUCACAAAAUCGACCACAACGCUUUCGUACCAAAGGAAACGGGAGUGGCGGUGGCAAUGGUGGUGGUAGUGGAGUAAACGUUGGGGUUAGCCGUGCUGGCCAUGCCACGCAUGGGCACAACACCGGCUCUAAUGAUAGCAAUACCAAUGGAAAUGAGAGCGACAAUCGGGAUCCAGGACACUCGGGGGCAGGUACUUCAGCGCAUUCCAGCACUUCAACAGCAGCUGCAACAUCCGCUGGCACUUCAGGAGCUAGUACAUCGGCAACUCGUAUGCACAUUGACGAUGCCUCCAAUCCACCAUCGGUGCGCAGUACACCGUCGCCGGUGCCCUCAAACUCAAGCAGCUCUAAACCGAAACGGGCAAUGUCGGUACUAACCUCAGAACGAUCGGAGGAGUCCGAGUCGGACUCUCAAAUGGAUUGUCGCACUGAGGGCGAUUCCAACAUUGAUACUGAGGGCGAAGGCAACGGAGAGUUGGGCAUUAACGAUGAAAUUGAACUGGUUUUUAAGCCGCAUCCCACAGAGAUGUCUGCGGAAAAUUUGCUCAUAAAAGCACUCAAGGAAAAUUGCAUACGCUACAUAAAGACCACGGCAAAUGCUACGGUAGACCAUCUGAGCAAAUACUUGGCAAUGCGCCUCACUCUAGAUUUGGGUUCCGAUUUACCAGAGGCUUGUCGUGUGCUCAACUUUUGCAUCUACAUUGCUCCCCAGCCCCAGCAGUUGGUGAUUCUCAAUGGCAACCAGACACUGCAUCAAGUCAAUGACAAAUUCUGGAAGGUAAACAAGCCUAUGGAAAUGUAUUACUCGUGGAAAAAAACUUAAAGCAUUAAUUUUGCACACUCAAUAAAUCGAAGGCAAACAAUUCCAACGACUUCUCUUGAUAA